UUUCAAAACAAUUCAAUCAGUGCUUAAAUAAAAACACGAAAAUAAAUUUUGAUCAUGGCCGAUAAAGGAGGCUACAAUCCUUAUGAGAAUCGAAAUGUGGCCAAUCCGAUAUCUGAUUUUGGAGCCUUUAUACUGCUUCUGAAGUGCGUGGUGGGAACUGGGAUUUUGGCCCUGCCCUUGGCUUUUUACUUUGCUGGCAUCGUCAACGGCGUUGUGUUGCUGACUUUGGUGUGUAUCAUGCUAAUCCAUGGCAUUCAGUUGCUGGUCUAUAGCAUGGUGGAGUGCUCGCGGCGAAUGCAGGUGGGAUAUGCCACCUAUCCGGAGUCGAUGGUCUACUCCUUUAGCCAGGGACCCAAGUGCUUCCGGUAUUGCGCAAAGGCCGGAGGUUGGAUUGUCGACAUAGUCUUGUGUUUUUCGCACUACGGCGUCUGUGUGGUCUACAUCGUGUUUGUGUCAGUCAACUAUAAGCAGAUCUUUGACUUCUAUUUGGGAGUGGUUGAUCUGAGAGCUUUCAUUGCCGUCGUUGGACUACUCAUGAUCGCCCCCUUUAUGAUUCGCCAACUCAAGUAUCUGGUGCCCUUUAAUAUAGUGGCCAAUAUCCUCAUAUAUGUGGGAUUUAUAAUGAUGAUGUACUAUCUGUUUACGGAUCUGCCUCCGAUAUCGGAUCGAGCCAUAUUCUUUGGCGCAGUCGAGAAGUUGCCCUUGUUUUUUGGCAUCGCACUGUUUUCCAUCACAUCGGUGGGCGUGAUGAUGGCCAUAGAAGCUCAAAUGGCCAAGCCAGAACAUUACAUCGGUUGGUUUGGCAUCCUCAAUAGGGCCAUACUUUUGGUCUUGAUCUCAUAUAUUUUCUUUGGAAUCAUGGGCUAUUGGAAAUUCGGGGAUAAAAUAGAGGGCAGUGUCUCUCUUAAUAUACCCACAGAUGAAAUAAUUGCACAGAUCGCCAAGGCUUUUAUAGCCGCGGCUAUUUUCCUGACAUAUCCGCUGUCCGGUUACGUGGUUAUCAACAUUAUAAUGACUCAUUACUGGAACAAAAAUGGGGAACUGAAGAAUCCGGUGCUAAAGGAGUAUAUUCUACGUGUUGUUUUUGUCUUGAUUUCCACAAUAAAUGGGAUAAUUGCCCCGAAUUUGGGACCCCUGCUGUCGCUGGUCGGUGCCUUUACCAUAUCGCUGCUGAAUCUGGUCUUUCCCGCCUUGAUCGAGAUCUGUUUGUACUAUCCACCGGACUAUACAUACGGAAAGCUGAAGUGGAAGCUCGUGAAGGACAUAUUCCUUGUAGUCAUUGGCACAAUUAUCCUGGUGCAAGGCACCGUCUUCUCGAUAUUUGACAUGAUUAAGGAGUAUGGCGGAGGCGACGAGACCACAACUCAGGAUGAAACCGAUGAAGACACAACCGAAGGCACCACCGCCGCGAUCAUCACCACUCUUGCUGGAGAUGCACCCGCAGAAGAACCUGCUUUUAGAUUUUUCUAAGCAACAUCAUUUGAAAUAGAUAUUUUAAUAUCUUUUGUAAGUUUACAUACAUAUGUGCUUACAGGUAUUUUCAUGUGAAAAAUUUGCACAACUUUGUUGGCAAUUAAUGUAUUUAAAUUCAAAGUAAUAGUAUGGAAUUAGUAAAACUAUUCCCAGAAAUUAUUAUUUGUGAUCCUUUGCACAAUACCUAUGAAAUAUUUCUUCGGCUUUGUGAUCUCAAAUUGCACUGAUAAUUCAAAAUAAUUGGACCAAAUUUUGGACCUAUCCUGUCGCUGAUCGAUGCAUUUACCAUUUCGCUGCCAAGCUAAGAUGAAAUUCCGCGAAGGACAUAUUUUCCGUAGUCACUGGCACAACUAUCCUGGUGUAAGGCACCAUCUUCUCCAUAUGAAAAAUUAUUAAGGAGUAAGGAGGCGAAGGUGAUACCGGGGUAGACCCCACAACCGAACCGCCUUUUAGAUUUUUUCAAGCAACAUCAAUUGAUAUAGAUUCUUUAAUAUCAUUUGUAAAUUUACAAAUUUGCAUGCAGCUAUUUUUAUUGGAAACAUUUUCAAAACUUUUGACAAUUAAUGUAUUCAAAUUUAAAGUGAUAGUAUGAAAUUAGAACGAGUAAAUAAAAGUACAGAAAAGUCCAUUGCA